UAAAAAAAAAAGAUAGAUUAUUUGUUUAUUUCAGAUCAAAAAUAGAAAAAGAAGUCAAAAGGAAAAGUAAAUUAUACAUGUUAGUAUAGUACAUGUAUGUACCUAUAUACAUACAUUGAAGCUAUAGGAUCAGUCAGUCUUCGAGCGGUAGCCCGGUGGCGUGAGUUCUAAUAAUGGAUAUAUUGAAGAAUGUAUCGUCGGCGUUUUGGUCAACUGAUGUUUGGUUACCGCCUAAUAUAACGUGGGAUGAUAUCAAACCAAAUUCAGAGAACAAAUAUGCAGACUAUCAACAUUUAAUUUAUCCUUUGCCUAUGGCAUUUAUUCUUUUGAUAAUCAGAUAUGCUCUAGAAAGGUAUUGCUUUGCGCCUAUUGGUAAGUCUCUUGGUAUAAAAAAUACAAGAACAAAAAAAGCUGCACCAAAUGAAAUAUUAGAAAAAGCCUAUCGUAGUAGAAAAAUUAAACAUAAACAGAUCCUGGCACUGGCUAAACAAUUAGAUUGGUCUGAACGACAAGUAGAAAGAUGGUUGCGAUUAAGACGUACUCAGGAUAAGCCAUCAACACUUACAAAAUUUUGUGAAAACAGCUGGCGAUGUUUAUAUUAUAUAUACUCAUUUUUCUAUGGACUCAUUAUUUUAUGGAACAAGCCAUGGUUAUGGGAUAUAAAUUAUUGUUAUUACAAUUACCCAUAUCAUCCAGUUUCAAAUGAUAUAUGGUGGUACUAUAUGAUAUCAAUGGCAUUUUACUGGUCUUUAAGUUUUUCUCAAUUUUUUGAUGUAAAAAGAAAAGAUUUUUGGCAAAUGUUUAUUCACCAUAUAGCUACUAUUGUAUUAAUGUGCUUUUCAUGGGUUGGAAAUUUAACUAGAAUUGGCUCAUUAGUGUUAUUAGUACAUGACUGUGCAGAUAUUUUUCUAGAAGCUGCAAAAAUGGCUAAAUAUGCUAACUACCAAAAAUUAUGCGAUUGUAUAUUCGUUAUUUUCACAAUAUUGUGGAUUAUUACACGUAUUGGUGUUUAUCCAUUUUGGAUAAUUUACAGUACCUCGAUAAAGGCACCUAAAAUAGUACCUAUGUUCCCAGCAUAUUAUAUUUUCAAUUCUUUACUAAUUUUAUUAUUAUUCCUCCAUAUGAUCUGGACAUAUUUAAUUCUUAAAAUCGCAUAUAACGCUUUCUAUGCUGGUCAAAUGGAAGGUGAUAUUCGUAGUAGCAGCAGUGAAGAUAUUUCAGAUACCUCUAUGGAUAAUACACCGCUAAAUAAUUCUACAAAUUAUAUUACUAAACAAAAUUCUAGACAAAAAGUUCACUAACAAAUAACUUUUUAGAAAAAAGAAGUUAUUGUAACAAUAAUAAGGCAAGAACUCAAACAUUUAGCCAGGCGCUAAUUAAUUUCAGCGAAUUUAAUAAAUCCUUGCAUUUAUCGUAGUAUGAUAAUUAAAAACUUUAACUUUGAUAAAGUUGAUAAAAAGAUUAAUAAUCUUUAAAAUAUUCACAUUUUGUUUUUGUGUUC